ACUUUUCACAGAUCCGACAUACAUUGCAUAAUAUUUUAUAUAUAUUUAUAUACUUUGUAUAUCGAAAUGUCUGAUAAUGUUAUGGUUAGCAGUGGCUGCGUAGUUGCCAUGCGGGGCAAGGACUGCGUUGCAAUUGGCACGGAUCGUCGCUUCAGUGGGCCAUCGUAUACAGCUGGCGAUGAGUUUGAGAAGAUCUUUAGCAUAUCGCCGCGUUUGUACUUGGGCCUGACUGGGCUGCAGACGGAUAUCUUAACGGUCUAUCAUCGUUUGGCCAAUCGCAAGAACGCCCUCGAGGUCAGCACGAACUGUGUCGUGACGCCGAAAAUUGCAGCGGAACUGCUCUCUCAUAUGCUCUAUGAACAUCGCUUUGCUCCAUUCUAUAUCGAGCCCGUUAUUGCUGGCAUGGAUCCGUACACCCUAGAGCCCUUCCUAUGCAAUAUGGAUCUGCUAGGCUGUUUCGAUGAAGCACCUGAUUUCGUUGUCUCGGGCACCUGUGUCGAGCAACUGGUUGGCAUGUGCGAGUCCCUAUGGAACCCGAAUCAGACUUCCAGAGAACUCUUUGAUGCCAUUGCCCAGGUAAUGGUCGUUGCCUGCAGUCGUGAUGCUGUCAGUGGCUGUGGUGCCCGAAUUUAUAUUAUUGAAAACGAAAAGGUUACGGUGCGUUUGAUUACGACGCGAAUGGAUUAGUUAGGCAGCAGUUUGCAAGUUGUCCGAUUUUCUGUGCUUGGGAAUAAAUGUACUCAAAUAAUUAUAUAGAGUCUGAUUAUAUCUAGUAAUCUAUGGAAGUGUGCACAAUGUGUAGAUGUAAUGGACAAUGAGUAAAUCUAAAAAGUUCGAUUAUUUGUUCGUUUUAUUGGAGACA